AUAUAAUAAUGCUAGCCGUGUAAUCUGUACUAAUUUAAAUAAAAUGCUAGGAGGAAACUAGGGACAUCCACUCGACCAAUAAAAAGUUUGCCCCGCAACUCACAUCGAUCCCAAUGGAAGCUUUAUUGCUAUAAACUUGAAAUCUCCCUCCAAGUAGAGAGAAACGCAACUCACAUCGAUCCCAAGCUAAUUAAACUGCCGCUGCGCCGCAGUAUGACCACCCAUCACGACCCAGCAGCAGCAGCAUCUGCACCGAUAGUGCGGAUGCUGCUCCUUGUCCUGCUACAAAUCCAGCUCGUCGCCGCGCUCUCGCUUCUCCCGCCGGCAUCAGCACCACCGCCGGCCGCUCUCCCAUGCCGUCCGGACCAGGAGUCACCGCUGCUCCGGCUGAAGAGCUCCUUCUCCGCCACCGACAUGUCCACGGCGGCUUUCCGGUCAUGGCGACCCGGCACGGACUGCUGCCGCUGGGACGGCGUCCGCUGUGGCCACGGCGACGGCCGCGUGACCUCCCUCGACCUGGGCGGCCGUCAGCUGGAGAGCAGAGGAGGCCUCGACCCAGCAAUCUUCCAUCUCACAUCCCUCGAGUAUCUUAGCCUCGCCGACAAUGACUUCAACGGGUCUCCUCUCCCUUCCAGCGGCUUUGAGCGUCUCACAGAGCUCACCCAUCUCAGCCUUCGCAGCACCAACAUUACAGGCGUGGUACCAGCCGGAAUCGGCCGUUUGGUGAAUUUGGUAUCCCUUGAUCUCUCCACAGACUUUGAGAUAAUCGACACAUUUGAUGAUGUCUAUGUUUUUAAAAUGAAUUCGAGUCUCGAUGCCCAACAGCUCGCUGUGCCAAACCUGGAAAGCUUAGUCGCAAACCUUAGCAAUUUAAGGGAGCUCAACCUUGGCUUAGUAAACUUAUCUGAAAAUGGCGCCAGAUGGUGCAACGCUCUAGUCGAUUCCUGCCCAAAACUUCAGGUUCUUCGUUUGUCUUGCUGUGCUCUCUCUGGCCCAAUAUGUGCAACACUUCCCCGUUUGCACUCACUUUCUGUUAUUGACCUAUCGUUUAAUAGUUUGCCCGGGCUAAUUCCAGAUUUCUCCAACUUUCCUAAUUUGACUGCCCUCCAACUUAGACGUAAUGACCUUGAAGGAUUUGUCUCUCCAUUGAUCUUUAAGCACAAGAAACUAGUAACUAUUGAUCUUUACCAUAAUCCAGGAAUAUAUGGUACUUUGCCAAACUUUUCAUCUGAUAGUCAUUUGGAAAAUAUAUAUGUUGGUGGAACUGAAUUCAAUGGUAUAAUACCAAGUUCCAUCGCUGAACUCAAAUCUUUGAAGAAUCUAGGCCUAGGAGCAACUGGCUUUUCUGGAGAACUGCCCUCAUCAAUUGGAAACCUCAGAUCCUUGAAGUCAUUAGAGAUUUCCGGUUUUGGACUAGUAGGGUCCAUACCAUCAUGGGUUGCGAACCUAUCCUCUUUGACUGUGCUUCAGUUCACAAAUUGUGGCUUAUCUGGAUCAAUACCAUCCUCUGUCGGUAACCUUAGGAAUUUGGGAAAACUACUAUUGUAUAAUUGCAGCUUUUCAGGAAAGAUACCUUCACAAAUCUUGAACUUAACACAGCUAGAAAUACUCUCGCUUCAUUCAAACAACUUCAUUGGCACAGUAGAGCUUACCUCGAUGUGGAAACUACUAGACCUGUUUGUCUUGGAUCUUUCAGAUAAUAAUCUGGUCGUUGUAGAUGGAAAGGGUAAUUCUUCAACGGCAUCCAUCCCCAAACUAGGAGCGUUACGUUUAUCAGGUUGCAAUGUUUCGAAAUUCCCUAAUUUCUUGAGGUUCCAAGAUGAAAUCGAAUAUCUUGAUCUUUCAUAUAACCAUAUCGAUGGAGCCAUACCCCAAUGGGCAUGGGAGAAUUGGGUCAAAAUGGACAUACUAUCCUUGAAGAACAAUAAGUUUACAAGUGUUGGGCAUGACCCUUUUCUUCCUUUAAGUGAUAUGAAAGCACUUGAUCUUAGUGAGAACAUGUUUGAGGGGCCCAUACCUAUACCUCGAGGAUAUGCAACUGUGCUUGACUACUCAGGAAACAGGUUCUCAUCUAUACCAUUUAAGUUUACCAAUUAUCUCAGUGAUGUCUCGUUUUUCAAGGCCGGUAGAAACAAUUUCUCUGGAAGAAUUCCUCCAUCCUUUUGUAGUGCAAUGAGUUUACAGCUCCUUGAUCUCUCAUACAAUAGCUUUGAUGGUUCAAUUCCUUCUUGUUUAAUAGAGGAUGUUGACAAACUGGAAGUAUUAAAUCUAAAAGAAAAUAAGCUUCGUGGGGAAUUUCCGGACAAUAUCAAGGAAAGUUGCUCAUUUGAGGCACUGGAUUUCAGUGGCAAUUUGAUUGAAGGGAAACUGCCAAGAUCUCUGGCCGUUUGCAAAAACUUGGAGGUCCUUAAUAUUGGAAGCAAUCAGAUUAAUGAUUCCUUUCCAUGUUGGAUGGGCACACUUCGUAAACUUCAAGUUCUUGUGCUGAAAUCAAACAAGUUUUUUGGGCAUGUAGCACAGUCUCUGGGGGAAGAAAAAGGUACAUGUGAAUUUCAGAGCGCAAGAAUUGUUGAUCUAGCAUCCAACAAGUUCUCUGGCAUCUUGCCGCAAGAGUGGUUUAACAAGUUAAAGUCAAUGAUGAUCAAAGAUUCAAAUUUGACAUUGGUCAUGGACCAUGAUCUCCCACGAAUGGAGAAAUAUGAUUUUACUGUUGCACUCACAUACAAAGGGAUGGACAUCACAUUUACUAAGAUCUUGAGGACCCUUGUAUUCAUUGAUUUAUCAGAUAACGCAUUCCAUGGCAGCCUACCUGAAGCUAUAGGUGAACUUGUUCUGCUAAACGUGCUCAACAUAUCACACAACUCACUGACGGGGCCGAUUCCACCUCAGCUUGGUCGUUUAACCCAGCUUGAGUCGUUGGACAUCUCAUCAAAUGAGCUUUCAGGAGAAAUCCCACAGCAGUUGGCAUCCUUGGACUUCCUCACAGUGUUGAACCUGUCCUACAACAAGCUGGAGGGGGAAAUACCAGAAUCGCCUCAUUUCUUGACAUUCUCCAAUAGUUCAUUUCUGGGGAACGAUGGUUUGUGCGGUCGUCCACUGUCGAAAGGAUGCAUCAACAUUACAUCUCUGAAUGUGAUCCCUUCCAAGAAGAAUUCACUUGACGUUUUGCUAUUCCUUUUUGCUGGAUUGGGAUUCGGCUUUGGAUUUGCCCUUUCAAUUGUGGUUAUAUGGGGAAUUCCCAUCAGAAAGCGGUCUCGAGUAAGGCAGAGAGCCCUCUGAAUUAUGUAUCGAAGUAAACUUUUCUGUACCAAGGUCACUUGCAGACAUGCAGUACAUAUGUAAUCUAAACUAUGUAACAUGCUAUUGUUGUCGCAAGCUGAUAUUAAAAAAUAUUGCGUCCGAAUUAUUAUGUAUCAAAAGGAUGUAACAACAUGAUAACGCUGAAUGUGGUGCCACAUCGUUCCAAGAAGAAACAACGCAGACAUUAUGCUAUUCCUAUU